AUGAGGUUGUCUGCUCUCUGCGCGCCUUAUAUGCACCUCACACGGGAUCAGAACGAGCUACGCACUAUGGGCGGAGAUGCUGAUUGGCUGCUUUGUCGAGUGGCUCGGUCGGGGGAGCCUCUGCUCCUGGUCUUCGAAGGAAAGGCACUGGCGUCCCAGGAGGAAGUGGAAAUUUUAGGGGUUACCUACGACAGGAAGCUGACCUUCAAAUCCCACAUCGAGCGACUCGCCAGAGAGGCUUCAGGUAAGCUGGCAUCCCUGAGAAGGAUGUCAUGGCUGCUUGACGGCGAGGGGCUUCAGACUCUCUAUAAGGCGCAGGUUCGCUCGUCCCUGGAGUACGCAUGCCUCGCGUGGGGCGGCGCGGCACGCAAACACCUCGCCCUCCUCGACAAGGUCCAGGGCCGUACAGAGAGGUACAUCAGGGAAAGCAGCAGCGCGCAACAACAUCCAGGACUCUGCAGUCUUCAGCACCGCCGUGAUGUGGCGGGCCUCACGGUGAUGUUCAAGAUACAUCAGCAGCGGGUCCAUCACCUUCAGCCUCUCAGGCAGUCCCUUCGGCGGGCACAGGUGGACACAAGAUCAGUCUCCCGAGCUCCCGCCGAACUGUUACAGCCCCGCUGCAGAACGUGGCACCACCAGAGGCAAUUCAUCAACACUUAUGUAACCUGGUGGAAUGGACUGCUUGCCUCACAGCCACGCCUGGACAACAUGACACUAGAGAGCUUUAAGAGAAGAUUAGACAAUUUUAUGGAUGGGGAUAACAGAUAG